CUAAAUUUCUAAAUUUUUAUGAUAUUCUGUGGAAUAAAAUUUUGAUCUAAAUCUAGAAGACAAUAAUAGUAAAGUAUUGAAGCCACUCAUUAACCGAAAAAUAAAUACCUGGCAAAAAUUAAUAUUGUGAAGGAAAGAAUUUAUGCUUUUAAAUUAAAUUUACAAACAUAAAAAUGAGUGCUCCAAUAAGUACAGCAAUGGAUAGCUUAUCAGCUGCAAUUAAAUCUAACAUAAUUCCGAAUCAAGAAUAUUUAUUACAAGGAUCAGUGUUGGAUAGUGCUGUAGAAGUGCUACUUCAUAGGUUACGUGGUUUAUGUGAUAAUGUUGAUACUGGACCAGAAACUUUCAAUGAUCAUGAAAUAUGCUUCAGUAUCAGAGGAUCAGAACAACCUCUACUUCUACGUGUAAGAAGAGCAUUGGAUUAUCAGGAUAUGCCAUGGCAAUUACGUUAUAUUGGUCAACCAGAAUUGGGUGACAAAUCUCGACCUACAAUUGUUAGAAGCAGUUUAGAUAUAGCGACCAGUAAUACAGUUGUUGAUUUCUUAACAGAACUUGGAUGUAGAUUAGAUUUUGAAUAUAUUGCCCGUGGUUAUAUGUUUCGUAAAGGCAGAAUGAAAGUCACAGUUUCUAAAAUAUUUAAAAUGGCUCAACAAGGAAAAAUGCCUGAAAGUAUGGAAGCUAUAUCUCAGAGCUAUUUAGUGGAAUUGAGUGUUUUAGCACCAAGUGGUCAAGAUGCAAUAGCAGAAGAUAUGAGAAUUUUUGCAGAACAGUUAAAACCCUUGGUUCAGCUUGAGAAAAUUGAUUAUAAAAGACUUGUUCAUUAAUUUAACAGUUUCAAAGGAACCAGU